CUUCAUUGAUUCUGUGUUGACGUCUUUCGUUACGCUUUGCAAGCAAACUUCUUGCCCUUCUUGACAAUACAUUCUUUUGGCUGUGCCAGUCCCUCAUUUCAUCUUCAAAUUCGGCCAUCCUGUGCAUCGUACCCGACAUCUCCCCAAUCAACAAGUCAACAUGAAGUCCGCUCUCGUUCUUGCGCUUGCCGGCUCCGCUGUGGCAGCUCCAUCUUUCGGUGACUUCCUCGACGCUCUCUUCGGCGGCGACAAGCAGCACGACUCCCCACAGCCUUCGGACUUCCCCGACUUCCCACCCGCCGGCACUGGUUCAGUGCCUCCUUUCCCCUUUCCCACAGCGACUGGUGCGCCCUUUCCUCCAUUCCCCACUGGUACUUCAGGUGUUCAGCCGUUUCCCUAUCCCGGCUCUGAUAGCCAGGAGAAGCGUAACAUCAAAGCUCUGCACAUCGACUACCAGCUCGCGCCCAUCGCUGCUCCCAUAGUCAAGAGGCGCGAAUUAAAGUAUCGCCAGCUCGACGGCUCCGCACUCCCUUCUUUCAGCCUUCUCGACCCGAACGACACGCCUACGGCGACUGAGCCUGCAACCGGUCUGCCCACUGAGCUCCCUGGUCUUCCUACCGGAACGACUAUCCCAGAGCUUCCUACUGAAAUCCCGUCUGGAUUCCCCGGCCUACCCACUGGGUUCCCCACACCCCCUGCCGACAACCCUUCUACUCCCCCUCCCGCUCCAACGGGCGAUGCGCCCUUCCCAUUCCCGACGGACGCACCAUUCCCUACUGCCCCUGCCGGUACAGGCGCUCCUGGCUUUCCUGGUCUGCCUACUACUUUCGGCACCGUGACCCGCGGCCCCGUUCCGACCGCUGCACCUGAUGCGCCAGGACACGAAGAAGGAGAGCAAACACAGAAUGGCAACUAUUGGUUGGAGUUCAUUAGUGACCUGUUGAACGGUGAUCGGGGUGCAUGAAAUCAGAACUGGGAUUUUUGGAGCUUACUACAUAAGCACCUGCGGGAGGAAUGGGAUGAUUGGGGGGUUAGGCCAUCUUGAUGGUGGCUCUCUUCACUUCUAUAGCACAAUGUAGGGUAACAUAAAGCGGAGAAAUCUGAUACCUGAAUGCUUCGCAUGUUCACCACGACGCUGGACAUGGUUUCACACGUACACUGGUACUACAUUUUUACACGCACGUUCACACACGCACGUUCGACCAGCCAGUUCGCUAGAUGCAAC